AUGCGUAGAAGAAGUGAACGAAAAAAAUCUACUGACGUAUCCUCACCAGCUCCGGCGUCGCGUCGUACUAACCGCCGUAGAAAAUCGCCAUCCAUAUCUGAAGAUGACAAAAAUGAAUUAAAAAGUAAUGAUACAAAUGAAAAACAGGUAUCAGAAACUGGGGAGCACAGUGCCGGUGAAAAAGAAAGGGAUUCCAGCGAAGAGCGAGUUGGUAUUAGGCGUAGACGAAGUUCACGCAGUACAAGAACUCCUGUCAAAGAACAACAAGAAACAACAAGCCCUGUGCGUCGUCGUCGCAAUCGAAGAGAACAAACACCACUGGAUAACAAUAUUGCAUCUAUUCAAGAAGAAGGAAAUGCUGCUAAUGACGAAGAUGAAUCUGAGAAAAACAAGAAAGAGCAAGAACCAAGUCAAGGUAAAUUGGAUGUUUUAAAGGAGGAACCAGAAAAUUCAAUACCUUCGGAGGAGAAGGUAGACACAAAUGAAGGCGAUGACAAAAAACAAGAAGAAAACCAAAAAGUGAACGACGAAAGUCCCGAUAAUCAUGAAGAAGAAAAUGCUGGGAAAGCUGAAGAAAGUAGCUCAAAGAAUGAAAAAGUAAUUGGAACGUUCGAGGAAGAGUCGCAUUCGUCGGUUAGAAGUGACAAAGAGAUAGUGUCACCGGUAGAAGAUCAAGAUGAUAAAGAUGAGGUAAAAUUGCACACUCGUGAUAAUUCCCCCAGAUCACGUAGUAAUAGCAGCCCACAUAAGCUAUCCCCAGUAAGGAAGGACACCAAGGAAGACGAAGGGACUGAAGACGGAGAAGUUAUCGAAAAGGAAGAAAAAUGUAUUGAGGAACACACAACGACGGAUGACACACCCCAAAAGGAUGAACCUAAGUUGGAGGAGGUAAACCAUAAACAAGAUGGUAAAACUAAUGAAACCUCUAAUACUACUGCAGCAGCUGAUACAGGUCACACUAGCAACAAGAAUACUACAGCAGUUUCCGCCACCAAUACCACUACCCGCAAACGUCGUUGGAUAACAAAGAAAACCACAGAAAGCAAAGAACAUAUUAUGGCCAUUUCCACAGAUUCGUUGAAGACUCUUAUUGCCGACGUUCACCCUGUGCCGUUGAGCGAUGUGCAAUUAGAGUCUUCUUCUGAUAUUGAGGAUGUGACCUCCGAGCGUGAGGAAGGCGAACAGUCACCUUCACCAGAACCGGAAAGGCGCCGUAUUUCCACAGACAAAGUUGAAAUAACAGUGAAGCCGAGGCCACAACCGAAAGAGAAUAAUCGUCAAGAUCAAAUGGUUCCUGGUGUUGGAACUGUACCGGACCCCAUACAACGUCAACCUAGUCCGGCCCGAAAUCAAUCCAGUUGUGUUUUAUAUAUAACAAAUUUAGUACGCCCGUUUACCGUACUACAAUUAAAAGGACUCCUAGCAAGAACUGGAAAAAUAGUCGAAGAUGGCUUUUGGAUUGAUCGCAUUAAAUCUAAAUGUUACGUCGAAUAUGAAACUGAAGAUGAAGCCAUAGAGACACGUCAUGCAUUACAUGGUGUACGGUGGCCUGCAUCAAAUCCUAAAUGUUUAAAUGUCGAUUUCGGAAAUAAGUCUGAUAUGCUUAAAGUAAUAGAAUCCACAAAGGAAGAGGCUCCCAAGUUUGGCCAAGAAACAAGCAAAGACAAUGUAUUAGUUGGUUCGGGCUGGAAUAGAGAUCGCAUUGAAGAGGAGAAAAGGGGGUCUCGGCCAGUGCGCGAGUGGGAUGUUGGCAAAAAGGAGAACAUGGAUCGGGACAAUAAAGGUAUCAAGGACAUGGAAAGACGCCGAGAACGUAGCAGGGAUCGUGAACGUGAUAACUCUAGAAACAGAGAUUUUGAUAGAAAUGAUCGCGAAAGGAAUGACCGCGACAGAGAAAGGAGACUGCGCCGUGAUAGAGAAAACCGGAGCAGUAGUCUAUCACCUGCACGAAAACAAAAGAAAAAAGAUGAUCCUCCACUGAGAUUAUUGGAUGACCUAUUUCGUAAAACAAAGGCAACACCUUGUAUAUAUUGGUUGCCUUUAACUCCAGAACAGAUUGCUGAAAAGGAAGCUUUACGUUUGAAGCGCUUAGAAGAACAAAAACAACGUCUAAAACAAAGAGAACUUGAACGUGAAAAAGAACGUGAAAGGGAACGUGAACGUGAAAGAGAACGCAAUCGACAAAAUCACGAUCGAGACAGAUCAAGAGAUCGUGAUCACCGACGACCAAGGUCGACUGAUCGAAGGCGUUCACGCAGUCGUGAACGACGUCGUUAUUAA